AUGCUGCGUUUCUGCCAACCCCGACUUGCAAGUAAAGUCACGGCGGGUAAUGCCAAGAACCAGGCGGGCCACCCACGCCGAAAGGCCAAAUUAUUCCACGUCAUCCCAGGCACACCAGUCACUCCGCUGGAGAAACUGAAGGAGCAGCGGCGGCGCUACGGGCAGGACCGACACUCACGGCUGCCGGAGUACCGCCCCGGCAGAAAUGUCCGCAUGGACCCAAACACCUUCACACUGUACGCAACCACAAAGGGCGUUAUGACUAUUCGUGAGAGUCGCAUCAACCCAGGGUACAAGUGGCUGGAUGUUGAACCAGAUAUACAAAAAGUGUAUAGAAGUCGUGAAAUGCGAAAAGCACUGAUGUCAAGGGAGAUGACAACUAGUAUGGUUAGUUUAAAUUCACAUUACAAGACUGAGUUGGAUCUUUUACAUGAACCAAAGUGGCGUGAGCGUGUGAUGCGUGUACCGAAGGCGACAGAACGGUUUAAAGAUCCUAAUUUAUUUGUGCGUGGUGUCAUUACAGAACUUGACCCUAUGGAUAGGUAUUGUUAUGAGUGA